UUCACUUGAAACCAACAUGGCAGGUUUCUAUGAUGAUCAGUAUUCCCGGUAAGAUUGAAUAUUAUAGUGCAAGAUAGAAGAGUCUGGGUUUUGUCAUCCCUACAUUGUGAUUCAUUUUAUUCGGAAGAGCCGGAGGCAUCUAAAAGCUUAGUUUGCUAAUAGGGUUCCAUUAUAAAGAGUGAAAAGAGACGUUCGGAAGUGCGGUUGGCGCGGUGGGUUACCAAUCGGCAGUAAUCUGGGAUUUUGACGUCUGCAGUUCUUUUAUCUGACGGUGGAGCAAACUUCCGGCUACAAGGCGGCGUGUCAAGUGUCACCCAAGUAUCUGACAAAGGAGUUAGUACUCAUCGUGUCGCGGCCAUGGCUGAUUCUGAAAUGACCAACUUUCGUGGAAGCGGAGGUGGUGGCAGCGGCGGUGGUGUAGGAGGAGGAGGAUGUUAUAGUGACACUGGGCGGUAUUCAGGUAGUCGGCCGAGGAAACCUCUCCCAACAGAAGCUCCCUACACAGCUUUUGUGGGGAACCUUCCCAUGGGUGUUGUCCAAGGAGAUAUUGACCAGAUCUUUAAGAAUCAAAAGGUGCGGUCCGUAAGAUUGGUAUUCGACAAUGAAUCUGGAAAAUUUAAAGGAUUUUGCUAUGUGGAAUUUGAAGAUGUUCAAAGUUUGGAAGAUUCGCUUUCAUUUGAUGGAGCAUUUUAUAAUAAUAAAAACAUCAGAGUGGAUAUUGCAGAGUCACGCCGAGGUGAUCGAGGAGGUGGAUUUGAUCGAGGCCGUGGCAGGGGACGAGGUGGAGGAAGAGGUGGGGAUAUGAAUGAUUUCCGAGGAAGACGAGAUGCUUCAGAUGACUUUAGCCGUUACAGAAGGGACGACGACCGAGGUGGACGAGGUGGUCGAGGAGGUUUUGGUGCAGGUGGUGCCGGAGGUGGUAGAUAUGGUGGUUUUGAUGAACCCCGAGGGGGUGAUCGAGGAGGAUAUGGUGCUAGAGGUCGCGGAGGACCACCUGGACCACCUACUGGGGACCGUGGUGGCAGGGGUGACGGAGGUUAUAUGAGACGAGACCGCAGAGAUAGUGAUCGCUCUCGUAAUUUUGAUGACUUCAAGGAAUCUGAUCCGGGAGAGUUGUCUCAGAGACCAAAACUGAAAUUAUUGCCCAGGACUAAAAAGGAUCCAGUCAACCAGAUUGCUGAAACCUCGCAAACCAGCAGUAUAUUUGGUGGUGCAAAGCCUCGGGAGGAAAAAAAUGCUGACUCAAAGGAGUAAACUUAGAUAUGUUUCUGUAUUCCAUCUGUAGCAGAUGAUGUUGAUAUGCACAGUUGGACCUGCAUACUUUUGGUUGAGGCUUUUUAUUCCUGCACUGUGUUGUACAUUUGAGGACCAUGAACCCCGGCCCCCAUCCUCUGCCUUGCAUCUGUAGGAUUGCCUGGGCCUACAAUGUCCUCGUCUACGACUGAAGCAAUGGUUUUGGUCAUUCAGCAACUGUUUAACGUGCAUUUUUUGAAGUGAAAGUUGUUUACUGGCUUUAAUUGCAGUGUUAAAUUUGUGUAGGUUAUUAACAUGAAAGAGAAUGUAUUGUGUGGGAUUGUGUAUUGUGACAUUGAACUUGCCCAGUGAUUUGAACUUAUUGUGAAAGUGUUAAUAGACUACAAAAAUUCCUAGGCCUUUCAGAACUAUAUUGCUUUGUAAGGGAGACACUUCUUAUGAUGUCAUAAUAGAAUGUGUGAAAUUAACUUAUACUGUAUGUAAUAUAGUUUUCACACACUGUAAGCUAAAAUGGCAACCAGUGGGAUUCCAUAAGGUGGCAUGAUGCUAAUCCUUGGUAGCUGCAGAGCUUACAUAUGAUGCCCCGCCAAUCUGCCCCUUUUUUAACCCCCUCUAUGUACGCAAAAAAAUAAGUACCACUUACCACAGUGUUGUCCAGCCAAAUUGGUUGUUAAGUGUAUUACACAUCUAGGAUUAAAUGGCUAAGACAGCACAGUGGCCUGUUGUACACUUAAACUAAGUAUAACUAUAUAUUGUUAUAAAACUACACAUUCAGGCAUUCUUGGCUCUUGCCAAGGCAUUCCUUUGUUUUGACAAUACAAUAUAGUUGCCACUUCUAGUUGUUGACUUCAGACUAAUUUUUGAUGCAGCAAGUUAGAUGCAUGUAGUGAUGCAUAUUUAUGGACCUUGGGGAGCCUAUUUUGCAGUUGCUCUCAUUCUCCAAGACACUCCUGCUGACUUUUUGCAUAAACCAGAUCCAGAGUAACAUGCAUGAAGUUCUUUGAGAAUUGAUAUAAAAUCACUUGCUGGCAAGGCAUUAGGUUCUUUAUUACUUGUAUUGAUAUUUUGUUGCUUUUUUUUUGUAUCCUGUAUUUUUAUCCAGUAAUUCACGGGAUGUAUAAUUACUGUAAAUUCAUUUUUAUUUAUUUUUUUUUUAAGGUAAGAAUUAACUUCUGUGACUGUUCUGAUUGUACAGAUCACAAUAAAUUUAAGUACUUUCUA